AUUUGUUUAAAGAUGGCGGCUAUAGGAUGAGCAGAGACAGUACUUAGAAAUCAGACAAAGGUAGUUUCUCCCCUGAGCAUGCUGAGGGGUGCACAAAUCUGAAAAGAGUUUCUACUUUUUUCAGUCAUCCAUGAAACAAACACUUUUAGACAAUCGUUGAAGUUUCUUUAAGGCAAGAUGAAGAAAAACACAGGAGGAAUACCCAAAUCCAAAUCUGGUGGCUCACCAGCCCCUGCUGGGGCCAAGAAAGGCGGGGCCACCGGAGAUGGGCAGGGCAAGCCAGCCCCUACCUCUAAGUCUAAGGCAGUGGUACCCAGAGGGAGUCGAGCUAUGGCACCAAUGAAAAUGACGAAACAAGAUGGUAUGCUGGUACCAGAAGGUUAUACCAUGAGGAAAAUCGAACCAGCCAAAAACUACGAUGUUGUUUCAUUUGCCCGCGCUAUGAAUGAUGACUUUGCUCCUCGACUGAAGAAGUUGUUUGACCCAGAAACUGAGGCUGCAGUGGAGGCUCAGAAAACAGGUAUCUAUAUUGGCUGGCGAUGCCCGGAGUUCCAGCAUGACUGUCAGCGAAUCAACAAGAUGUCCAAAUGUUUCUGUGGGCAUCUGCUUGGGGAACAUGCCAAAUACACAGGUCACAGUGUGCGGGUUCCAUGUAAACAGUCAGGAUGUCCGUGUAAGGCUUUCGCAUGGGUUCCAUCUCGCCCAGAGGACAUCGGAGAAUUCUGGUUCCAGCGUCGUAGAGACUUCGACGUGACAACCUGGCGGUGUAAGUGUAAAUGUAAGCACACCCAUGAGGAGCACGACCCUAACGGCCUCCACAGGUGCAAGAACAGAGGAUGUUCCUGUGGUGGAUUUUUUUCAAACUUUUUAUGUGCAGCCUGUGAUAAGCAUUGGGAAAAUCAUGAAACAUUCUUCGAGACAGAAGAUAUGCGAAGAGAGAAGGGUUUGCCAAUAGGAGAGAUGUAUCUGCCAUUUGCGGAGAUGCCGAACCUGCGCAAUAUAACUCUGACCGGUGAAGAGCAUGACGACAGUCGUUACCUUGCCCUCACCCAAGGGGAAGGCUCCAUCCCACAGACCCGACGACCGGUGGGGAAUGAGGCUGCUGUCAACUUUGGUGGGGGUGGGAAAAGUGGCGGAUUUAAGCCAGUUUAUGAUUAAAUCUGGGCUGAGUGUGAGUUAACAGUAAUGUUCUGGAAUAUGAGAUAUAUUAGAAAUGUGCUGUUUUUCAAGUCAUAAUCAAAAUAACCUCUAUCGGUGUUGACUUAGUGCAAUCUAGUUGCUUGCUCUUAAUACACACUGUCUCAAAUAUUUACUAUAUAAACAUAGCUUGAUCUUUAUAUAAACAUAUACAUUGGUUCUGUUUAGCGCAAUAGUAAAGUUAUUCCAAGGUAAGAACUAUAUAAAUAUUGAUUUUAAAACUUAUAGUUACUAACUACUUCAUUACUGCAUUGUUUUCUUCAGUGUUGGGUCUGUUUUGAAGUUAUCACAACAAUGAACAUUCAUGAUGUUUUAACAAAGUUUGAGAUUGUGUAACUGCACAUGUAUUUGAGAACAUUAUUCAUAUACAUAUUUAAGGAUUAGAUGUGCCUUGUUAAUGAAAUGUUAGUAUGUAUAGCUUUACAUGACAUUCUAGUACUCGUGCUUCUAUAACACAUUCCAUAUUUUAGAUAUUUAUCUAUACUGGUGUCCGAAAUAAGACAAAAUUCCAGGCUGCCUUUAAGACUCACAGACUUUAGAAGCUGAGGGCCUUGACUAAACUCUCAUUUAGGAAACUGCAGCUUAUUGUGAUAAAUAAUCAACAUGUAUGUGUACUGUAGGCCAUAAGGACCCAUACAAGUUUGAGUCUACGGGUCCAACACGAGAUCUACUUGCCACCGGCCUACAGGUAGGCGUUUAUUUUGUACACUGUACCAGUACACAUAUUAAUUUACAUCAGUAGAUAUUUAUCUAUACCAGUAUACAUAUGGGUAUAUAGCAAGAGAUAUUAUUCCCCUAUUAAUGACUUGUAUUUUGUUGCGGCUUGUUCCAGUUCUUGUCCUGAUUAAUGGUUUCUGUAGUCAGGAAUGUUGUUUUCUGAUAUUUUAAACAAGAACGUUUUUUGUUCAGCAGAAUGUCUUUCUUUGAUCUCAAUGCUGUCAAUGUUUCCUGUCGCUAUGCAAGUCCACCAGACUUUGAGGGAAUACACAGAGCCUAGGAUCCGGUGGAUCAUAAGACUGUAGAAAUAACCUUGCCCAAACAAGGCCAAAUAAGUUACCAGCUUAUAAAUAGGAAUUCUACCAUGAAUUUGAAAAAUACUCGAUUUUCAUUGGUCAAUUAGAGGUUUCAAAUCACAAUAAACCCAUUCUGUUUGAAACAGCUGAUUUGAAGGCCGCAUCACCACAAAGCUCAUAUUUUUAGAAUAGUACUUCUUUUACAGUCAUUGUCGGUAGGCAUAUUUUAAUAAGCAUAUGUACAAUUAUUGGUAACAAAAUGUUGCAAAGUUACAGUUACUACAAUAUACAAAAGAUGUGUGAGAAUACAUAUGUGCAGAAUACAUAAUAGAAAUCAACAAGAGAAUGUAUUUCAAGUUUUGAGGACAACAGAGAGCUUGCUAUUUGGAGCUUUUCUAUAUAUAGGACUGUGACGUCAUAUAUUUUGCCUCACAGUGACUGAUAUGAUGUCAUGAAAGUGAUGAACGGUGUAGAAUGAAAACUUUGCCAGGCUUGCUUAGUUUUCGUUAGGGGUGCCAACCUCAUGUUAGCUCUUGAAGUUGCCUUGCUACACGCUUUCAGUGCCUGUCAUAAGUUCUAGUGAAGUAUUACGGUGUAAACCAACUGCUUGAGCAUAUAGAGCCCCAUAUUUUGUUUAAAGGCUGUUGUCGGUGAUUCCGUAAAUUCAGAUCGACCACCCUCUCAAAAUACUGGACUCAACCCAUGCGGCUUCACUCAAUGUUUUUUCUAACACCAAAAUGUUCUUGUUAUAUUUAGUCAUGGAAGAAUGGAGCUAAACAGGGUCAAUUUUGAUGUGCCAAGCAUAUGACAUCAUAUGAAACACUGACGUUGUGAGGGCCGUACAUGCCGCCCAACCAACAUGGUGGGCUUUUACAAGAUGGUGACUGGCCAAUCAGCUGGAUUUUUUUACGAGUACUAAUAGUAUUUUAUCUAUGUAUUGUCUGUUUGUAUCAUAACCAAGAUAACAAGUAUCUAGGUACCCUCAUUCAUGGACAUUCUGAUCCACAGGGUUGAAAGUGGGUGUAUUUGGAAAAGAGAAGCAAGGCCAUGCCAAUUUUAUUUCUUGUUUAAGGAUUGUUGAGAUGAAACUGUUACGAAUGAUAAUUUUCAUUUCAAAAAGAACCAUUGAUAACAAUAACAAGAAGUGAGAAUAUUAUUUUUGAAAUGUGGGUUGAUUGUAGAAUAUUGAUUAUGUCCAGACAUUUGAAUAUGAAGAAGGGCAUCCAAAGUGAGUAUUCAUAACAGCAUUUGGUCAUUUUCUGUUGAAAUUUAUCAGGGUAGGUCAUGUAUAAAAUAAGAAAACAAAUUGAGAUGGUGGAAAGGUUUGAAAGUAUAAGAAGUCAGUCACCCAUUUCAUAUUCUGAUUGUCCCUCCAGCGCAUGUGUGUCAUAAAUACGUCCGCUGACCAUGGUAACACUGCAGCAGAAAACUGUGAUAUAUUUUAUACUUGUUAACGUAUUGGUGUACAGUUGAUUUAUGUUAUUUGUAUGUGCACUGCUGAAACCACCAAGAUGUUUUAUCACAAAUCCUUGUCCUUUGAUGAAAUAAACAUCAA